GUUACUCUGCUUUCCGCUCUUCUUCCUCUUCUCUCGUUUCUCUCUGCGUCCUCCUCUGAGAACUAUACAGUAUACACCUCCAUUUUCACCUGGUCCAAGGCUAUUGUACCGCGUGGGGUGUAUUAAACCGAAAGCAGUUGUCACACAUUGCGAGGGGCGAGACAAGCCAAGAGGAAAAAACCAAACUCUACAGCACAAUAAUGUGGAAGUUUUGGAAGAAACGUACUGUAGCAGGCAGUAGCGUCCAGGGCUCGCUAUCCGAUCUAAGGGAACACUUUGAGCUGGAGACGCAUGGUACUCAUGGGUUUCCAUUGGGCCCUUCGACUCUUGCUUACGACACAUCUCGUCACCUUAUGUACAUCGGUACCUUCAAUGGAGAAAUGAACAUGUAUGGAAGUCCUGGUGUGAAACUAGCAUCAGUCCAUCUAGAUAAUUUCAAAGUUUUACAGAUUUUGCCAUUUUUAUCCGAGCCUGCUCUGAUUACUGUGUGCAGUAACAAUAUACUCAACAAAUGGCAAAUACUGGAGGAGGACGAAGGAAAGGCGCAACUAGUAUUGAAAAGAACGUACAAAUUUCACGGAGGACUAGCUAAGACCAUCACUACAUGCUGUCUACCUCCUUAUGGUGAAUGCUUGUUUGUUGGUACAUUGGGUGGUAUCACUUAUCCUAUGGAUACCGAGUUUGAUGGAAUGUCACCCGAAGUUUUAUCAUGGUCAAGAGCACGGACAUAUCUUGGAUACAAAGGGAAGGAUGUCCCUGGAGAAGUUAAAGCACUCAAAAUCAACACUGCUUAUCCUAAACAGCUGCUGAUUGGUUAUGAACAUUCUUACUUUGAACUCUGGGACGCAAUGACUUGGAAACCAAUCACACUAUUUGGGCCAUUGAAGGAGGGUGGGGACCUGACUGAUGUUUACUGGCAUAGCAAUGGCUCCCAGUUUAUGUCCGGUCAUACUGAUGGCCACGUGUAUAUCUGGAACUCUCUAUCUCCUGACUCUCCCCCCAUCUUGAAAUCAAUAUACGAGGAGACAAAACUUCAUCCUUUGAAGUCACUCAUUUGGCCAGACGAUGAUUUCAUAAUAUUCAGUGGUGGCUCGCCAUACGAUACAGUGGAUGGUGAUAGUGUCACUAUCUAUGAGAACAGAGAAGCCAUUACGCUCCAGCUCACCUCUCCUGUCAAAGGUAUGCAGAUCAUCGAGAGCUGCUUGACUGAUAAGGACUCAGGCAUUGUUGGUAUUUCUUCAGACGUUGGGACCACGUCCACAGUCCGCAAGAUUCUAAUCCUACUUCUUGAGCAAGAGAUAUUAUUUAUUGAUCUGAGCACACCACAGCUCCCACUCCUCCAGCCUCCAUAUUUAUACAGUUUACACAACAGCCCGGUCAAAGAGGUAGCAGUGUACGGUAACAUUAACAAGGAGGUGUGGUCAAUCAUUAAUUGUACCGGGAAAGUGCAGCAGGAGUCCGUGUACAGGGCUCCAACCAAAGUGUGGCCCAUUGAUGGAGGAGUCCUUGAAGGUUCUUUCCAUGAUAGCAAGGAUAUACUGUUGUCUGGACAUGAAGAUGGAAGUGUUAAAUUCUGGGAUAUUAGGCAAUUAUCAAUGAAGCUGUUGUAUGAGGUUAAGUGCAUGCAAUACUUCAACACACCAGAGACAGAGUUUGGCAGAUCAGACAGUUUGACUGAUGACCUCUCACAGUACAGACAGAUUGGUUUCUGGGAUCCACGGAGCGAUGAUGACCAGUUAAUUGUCUCUGCUCUUAAACUGGUUGAUGAUCAUCUACUCAUUGGGUUUCAAGGAGGACACACCCUUUUAUUAACGACUAAUAACCAAACUGCUGACAGAACAAUCAUUUUAUUGCGUGUAUCUAUCAUGAGGGACGACCCACGUCAGCGUCCCAGAGGCUGGCAGGCUCCCCUUGAGGUCAGGACUGAUCCUAUUGCUUGUCUCCCUGGGUUCCAACCAACUCACUGUAUCCACCUCUUCCCAACUGUAGCUGUAUCAGCACUCGCCAUUGCUAAAGAACAAGGACUGGUUGCCAUUGGGUGUGCUUAUGGUUUUGCUGUUGUUGAUUACAUCAAGAAUGAGACUAUCUAUGUUCACUGCACCUUUGAUCAAACCAUCGAAAACCUCACAUCAAUGUCUCGUAUGCAGUCCAUCCGUCGCUCCUUCAGGCACAGUAUGCAGAGAGUGAACAUCAGGCGCAGUAUGAGAGGACUCCAGAGCGUCAAUCGGUCGAUACGAAGGUCCUCCGACUCUCCUCUUGUUCGAUCCGGUAGUGCUCGUCCUGCUCUAUUUAACAGAGUCUCUAGCGUUAGGAGAAGCCGUGGUGCCAAUGCAGCGUCUUCAGCCAAAGAGAACGUACCUCCUCAGUCUGCUGUACCUCAGGCUGUGGCUACUCCUCAGGUCAAGCGUGACUCCAUUAGGACCAUUGAUUUUACUGCCCCCACUCACUUGGGUGGCUCAUCACUGGUACAUGGGUUACUGGUCGGUACUAAUCAAGGCGCUGUGUUGGGUUUUACGGUUGAUAUGCCAUCCAGUAAACAGAGGGGUCAGAGAUCACCUGUCGUCAUGCCUGUUGAUAAAGAAUAUAAUCAACGCAAGAACCAUUCGGUAUUGUUUGUUGGUGUUGUUGAUGGUCUCAAUUACCUGCUGGAUGCCAAUGAUGAAGGAAGCUACAAGCAGAAAGGAACACACUACAUGAUCAUAUGCACUGAAGAUAUGCUAAGAGUGACAAGCAUUCCUAAUACAAAGAAGAAGUAUCGGGUGAGGUUUAAACAGAGCGAACAAGAUGAGCUACAGGCCAUAUCUGCACACUAUCUUCGUGUCUCAGGUCGUUCGGUUAUUCUAGUGAUGGAUAAUGAGGGAAAUGUCAGUAUCUAUGGACUGCCAGACCUUACCCUUAUACAUAAGGAAAACUGUGUGGAUGCAUCGGAUGCUGUAGGCCAGAGGCAUUUCUUGUGCAGUAGCUUGGGGAUUGUUUUGCAUCAAAAAUCACCAUCAGAGUUUGUGAGAGCCUCUAUAACUGACAUGGCAAGGUUGGAUAUCAAGUUCACAUUACCAGUCAAAGGCUCUACCCCACAGAUGCCCGUCAGAUUCUCACGUCCAUUAUCAGACGGACCACACCUUGUGGAACUAUCAGAGACUAGUGGAAUUACUAAACGUCCUAAAAGUCCUAAGAGUCCUUCCAAGAGUUCUUCAGUUGCAGUUGCUAGUCCUCCAGCAGCACCAGCUGUUAGCAGCCCUCCUCCACCCCCUCCUCCUAAUAGUGCCAAUUCCUCUAUUAGUAACACAAUGAUAGCUACAGCAAUGGGUUCCAUUACUAAUACUAAACCUCAGAAUGCUUCUCCUCCUCCUCCUCCUCCCCCUAGCUCUAGUACUCCUAACCCGGUUAGCACAGCGAGUCUCCUCACCGACUCGCAGGAUGUAUUUGAUGAUCUUGGUCCUGUUGACAGCAAGACCUCAGUUGAGAGUGGAGCCAGUGCUAGAUCCCGUAAGAGCGUCAGUGCCGACUCAAGAAAGAGUGUAGAGCUACCUGAUCAUUAUUUCAUUGCACACAAUCCUGAGCUAAGAGAACGGUUUGAAGAAAGAGCACUCUGAGGGGAGGGACUGGUCUGAGCCCCUCUAUCAUUAUUUAACAGUACAGGACUCAUUAAUUUCACUAUUAUUAUUAUUAUUAUUAACUAUGACAAACUCUCUUUUUUUCAUGAUGACACUGUUUUUAAAUCAACUUUAAA